AGCUCCUUCAGAUGAAAGAUGUUCUUAUCGUGGGUAACCCAACCAACAAAAUAAAUCUGCCAUGUGCUCAGAAAGAAGCAGAGAUGAUAGCAGAAAAGUUGAGAGCAACACCGUUGUUGAAAGAUUCUGCAACUCGCAGUGAAGUUCUAUGUCGACUUUCACAAGCACCCAUAAUCCACUUCGCGUGUCAUGGUACGUUUGAUGGAAGAAGCUUGGAGCUUGCACCGGAACAAGGCAAUAACAAGUAAGUAACAAAAGGUUAGGCUACAGGGACCUUUAUGUUUAAAUUAAUUAAUGUAUGUACACAAAUUUGCAAUGGAAGAUGUUUAUCAAAGUGUGCGACAUUGUUUCAAAAUGUUUCCCAGAACGCAAGUUCCAACAAUUUUUCCAAUAUGUUUCCUAAGUUUUCAUUUUCUCGUUACUUAGUGCUGAAAUGGCAAAAGAGAGUUACCUUAUCUGUGGAAGACAUCUCAAACCUUGGCUUACAAGCUAACAUGGUGGUCCUGAGUGCUUGUCAUACAGCCCGGGGCAAGAUCAGCAGCGAGGGUGUGUUGGGUCUAGCCCGUGCCUUCCUGAUGGCGGGGGCAAAAUCGGUGGUUACUGCACUAUGGGCAGUGAAUGAUGAUGCGACUGAGAAAUUUAUGUUAAAGUUUUACGACAACCUCUCCUCUGAACCGGUCGUGAAUUCCUUAGCAACCACAAUGUGUGAAAUGAAACAAGAAAAGUUUGAAGUGGCUCAAUGGGGUUCAUUCAAGGUUCUGGGUGCAAAUGUCAAAGUGUUUUCUAACAUUUCUGAUCAUAAUUAGAAUUUUAGUUUACUGUAAUAUAUGUAAUG